UUGCAAACCAGACUAGCCAGGCCCAUGCGUGGAACUCGACUCCCCAUCCCGAGAAGGACUACCAGGCGCGACUCGACUUUAUCAGGAAAAGGCGCACCCUCGACCGCCAGCGAUUCCAGAAGGAGGGCCGCAUGAACCCAGAUGGCCAGAUGAAGCUCAGCGAGUCGGUCAAGCUGUAUGGCGAUUGUACCGAUAUGUGUCCCGAGUUUGAGCGUGUGCGCCGCAUAGUAGAGCUGGAUGUCAAGGCGCCGGAAUGUACACCCGAAACCGAAUACCUCCCGCGAAAAGAACGCAUACCGGAUGAAUCGCGCAUGGUCAAGGCUUAUGCGCGCUCCGCAGCCGGCAUGGACGUCGAGCUGAUCUCGGAGAUCCGGUCGCCCGCCACAUGUCUGAAAACAAUCGACCAUCUCAUGCAGCGCCUCGACACGGCCGACUUUGACCAUCUGCACAGCUGGAUAUGGGACCGCACCCGCGCCGUGCGCAAAGACCUGCGCACCCAGCGCAUCGAGAAGCGCCCCGACAUCAACAUCCUCCUCACCUGUCUCGAACGCAGCGCGCGCUUCCUGCUGCUCUCCAUGCACCAUAUGGCGCAGAGCCCCAAGGAGAGUUACACGUACCAGCAGGAUAUGGAGCAGUUCAACCAGACGCUGAUGUCGCUGAAGGAGCGAUACACCGAUAAUAGACGUGCGGGCAUACCUUCAGAUAACGAAGCGGAGUUCUGGGCCUACAGACUGAUCCUGGCCUCGCUCUUUGCAAACACUCAGCUUGAGAGCGAGUUACACAGUCUGCCCAGCGAUCUGCGACAUAACAACCGGGUCAAGACGGCCAUUGAGAUUGGCCAGGCGCUCAAGUCGGUCCUCUUCAAGCGCACGGAGAGCAAGUUCAUCCAGGCCCAGGCGAAUUGGAAGAGAUUCUGGGAACUCGUCAAAUCGUCCAGAGUCUCCUACCUCAUGGCCUGUGCGGCGGAAGUCUCCUUCCAGCGCGUGCGACACGUCGUGCUGGACACCAUAUGGCGCGCCUAUCGCCGCGGCAAUUCCAAAGCUGUAGGCAUUGUUGUGGAUGACUGGACGACCGACAAGCUGAAAUACGUGCUUGGCCUGGACACGGAUCGUGAAGCCGUCGAGCUAUGCGAGGCCUUUGGCUUCACGUUCAGCCGCAACGACGAGGGACACACGUAUCUCGACAUCAUCGCCAUGGGCUACGGACAGGGUCCACUGCGAACGCCAGCCGAUGCAAGCCCGCAGAUCUUCUCCGCGGAUAUCGUCGAGUCCAAGCGUUUUGGGCGCGCACUAUCGGCAGUCAUCUCGGGCAUGUCGGUGCAGGAAGCGCGGAGGAAUGGGCUGGUGUUUGAAUCGGAUUCCGCUAUGCAGGUUGAGGAUGAGAUGGAAGAUGAAACUUCUUUGUUUGUUCCUGACACGACGACUGCGAAAUCGAAUGGCUUCUUUCCGGCGGCGAACGGUGCGGCGAAUCUCAGUGCUUUUGCGCCGUCUUUUAGUCCGGCGAGCACUCCUGCGACUACUCCGGCCGCGAGCUUUGCGUCGGGCAAUCCGUUCGCGCAGGCGGUAUCGCAGACUCAGCCGAAUCAGGUUUCUGCAAGUCCUUUCUCGUCGGCCGUUCAGCCUGGGCUGUUUGAUGCGGCCAAAACGCCAAUUCAGUUCGCGCCUAAUAGUACGCAGAACACUAACCCUUUUGCCAAAUUCGCUUCUGCGGCUGCUUCGAAGCCUGAAUCGUCAACUCCAGCGACGUCUUUUUCAAAUGAAGCGACGGCGACGCCGUCGUUUUCGUUUGCGAACGCUGCGAAAACAGAACAACCUACAGCUACUUCCGCUUCCCAACCACCAGCUUCAUUCGGUUUCUCCAACAAUCUUGCGAAUGGAGGCGCGGCUCAGAACGCUACGAAGUCGCCGUUUUCGUUUGCUACGACAACGACUGCACCAGCUCCCGCAGCUGAAGCGGCGAAGUCUUCAUUCUCUUUUACGCCUGCAACAUCGCCAACACCAACACCAGCAGCCCCGGUUGCUCAGGACGAGGAGAAGCAGAAGGCGGAAGAAGAGCAGCGCAAAGCUUUGGCGCUCCAACAACAGCAAGCAGCAGAGGAACAGCAGCGCGUACAAGCCGAACAGGAGCGGCAAGCUCAGGAGGCGGAACAACGCCGGAUUGAGAACCAGCGACGUCAACAACAACUCGACGAGGAACGAAGAGUGAAAGAGGAACGAGAGCGAGUCAUUCGCGAAGAGCAACGUCUUGCACAGAAAGAGGAGGAACGACUAACAAAGGCGCGGGAACGUGAAACAGCAUAUAAUACACUAACAAUGAACAUCUUGUUCGAUCCGGAUGAAGGACUAAUGUACCAGUUUCUUGAGAACGCGGUGGACAAUGUUACUCGCGAUGUCCUGCUGCAGGUUCAGAGGGAGAAGGCGACGGCGCUGGGCGAGGAAUUUAACCAGCGCAAGCAAUUGGGAUUCAAGCGGGCUGUUAUGGCUCAUUGGAUUGCACAGUUGGAGAAGAAACAUCGAGCGAGACAGGCGAGAGAUAGGAGGAGGAGACUGAAGGAGUUGAGGGCGCAGAUGGCGAAUGAGGAAGAAGGGGGUGCACCGGCUACGAUGAACGGUCACGCGACGAGUGAACCGACCUUCAAAAAGCCAGCGACGCCCAACUCAAGACGCGCUAGACGCACGGAAGAACGGCGGUCUAGUCAGGCACCAGAACCAAUCGAACAACCGGCACAAGUACAGGUACAAGCGUGGCCGCCACGAAACAUCCCCCGACAGGCGCCAUCCGUACAAACCCCAGCCACCUCCGUCAACGGCACCGCCUCGCUCUCCGGCUACUCCGAAGCCUACGAAAAAUCCACCGUCCCCUCCGACCGAACGGAAACAGACUGGUUCAAACUGCGCGCCCUGGGCAUCGACCCGAGCAAAUACCGCAAGCGAAGCUUCGGCUCUAGUUCAGGCGAGGAAGAGAGGCAAGAAGUCAAACCAGACCCCAAGCGCCCGCGCAGAACACCACCCAUCGCCUCCCCAGCUCCCUCCCCUUCCCCAACACCAACCAUCACAGACGACCCGCUCGCGCGCUUCCGCGCACUACAACACGCGCUGCACAACUCCGCGUCAUCUGCGCAGUCUGUGAAUGGGACGGCGUCUUUCAACGGCCGCUCAUCUCUAAACGUAAACGGAAACGGAAACGGAAAAGCAAGCCAGCUCAUCGCCCAGGCAAAACAACUCCUCGCCACCCCCAAACAACCCCCAACCCACGACUUCGGCCGCAGCGUGCCCAACCUCAGCCUCUCGCGCCAAUCUGCAUUCAACAGGAGCACCGCAACCACAGGCCCCAACACAACAGACCGCCCCGCCUACUGGGCACGAACAAGCCGUUUCGUCCCCCAGCAUCUGUACGGCAAGGGCCCCGACGCGAUCCGCAGGUAUCGCGACCAGUAUGCGCCUGCGGCUGGCGGUCGUAAUGAGCCGAUGGCGAUUAGUUCGCCUGCGUCUGCGAGGAACUCGGGGGUGCAGGGGAUGAGUAGUCCGAUUCCCACGCAGAUGAGCUAUUUUCCGCUGCAGACGCAGACGCAAUAUGGGGAUGGGGAGCCGGAGGUACAACAAGGAGGGGAUGUGUACAGUGAACUCGACGACUCGGACGACGACGUACCGGAACCAGAGGUUGUACACGCGCAAGUCCUCGACUCCUCGGACGACGAAGAAGAAGAAUCCGAAGAAGAAGAAGACGAUGCCUUCGACGCCGACGAAGACGAAGACGCCGUAUCCUUUGACGAAGACGAAGACCUAGAUGAAGACGAAGACGAGGAAAUGCCCUCCGACCAAGCCGCCGACUGGGACGACGAAGAAGACGAUUCUACCCCGCAUUUCGCACAGCCGGCGCAGGGCUUGGGCCUGGGCUUUGGCUUUGGUGGUCAGGCACAGCAGGGGUUUUCGUUCGUGGGGCAGGCGCAGGGACAGGGACAGGGACAGAUGGGGGGGACGCAGGAUGAUGCUAUUGAACUUAGUGAUUAGUUGUCUGGAGUUUUUUUGGUGUUGGGCUGAGGAUGGGGGGAGGGGGCAUAGCGUGGGCGUUUGUUUGUUUUGAUAUGGGGUGUUUGACGGACUGGGUAU